AUGUCGUCCUCGUCACAGCAUGGUGCUUCUCGGAAGCGUAAGCGUGACGCAGCACAAGACUCCGAAAGCCAGGGCAUCGACGACGCGAGGAAGAGAAUCCAUCGUCUGACGCGGAUCUUGGAGGAACCUGACUCAAGUCGUAUCUCAGACGAAGCAAUUCUUUUCAACGCCACCAGCGCCAUUGAAUUCAUGGACGAUUUCGAAAAACUUGUGACUGCGACGGACAUUUCCAUCUCCAAUCCCAGGGACAUCCUCGAGGAAAUUGGGAUGGACGGCUUCGGCCGCCUCUUCAUUAAGAGGUGGAAGCAAUCAGAUCACACUUACCACAGUAUCUUUCGCAACAUUUCUUUUGUCAUCGGCAAUAGACGGGAUGCGCUGAAAGCCGUUAAGGAGCUUCUUGGUCAAGUUCACAAAUUGCCUGGGAUUAGUCCAUGCAUCAGCAUUGUGUGGGACUUGGCGUCAUUUGCACACACAGCCGCCGAAAAGGAAAUGCAGAAUGUGGAUUACCGGGAGUUUCUGAAGCUUUGUGAUAAAGCCGAGGAGAAGCUCGGGCAGAAAAUCUCAGAAGUUGAGCGUAUGAUUCAGUUCUACUCGAAGCUAGACAUCAGGGAUGCUUGGACGGUAGACACAUUGAAGAGCACCUCGAUCUUUGAGCUACUUCAGUUAAGGCCUGAUGAUGUGAAGGCACUGAACGACCUCUCCAGUGUUCAAGAGACCGCUGCUUUUCUCAAAAAGAAGCUAGAGCCUUUCAAAAAGCUUCAUGGGCUGAUUGAAGCUCUUCAAAUGGAGCUCUGA